AUGGCGCCCCCCCCCCGUAUAGCCGAGACCGAGCCAGCGCCCAACGGUUGUCGAGUUCUGCGGUUCAUUCACGACUUGGGUUUCGUCUCGCUACCGCUGUGUGUCUCGGCAAUUGCCUCCGGUUCUGCUCAACUCUCAUCUGCCCAGAUUCGUCCGCUCCGAACGCCCAUCCACGACACCGACUCAACCCCAUUCGGUCGUCGAUUCUCCUCAAAACAGCCUGUGCAGCUUGGCUUCUUCUGCUUCGACGCGGUUUCCAGCAUUUAG